CAAACAUUGCUACUAAGUUCUGAAGUUCAUGCGUUCUUGAAGCCUCGGAGUUUAUAUUGGGCUCAAUCAUACCCUUAUUUGGUUGACUCUACUAGUAAGACUGUUUUAAGACACAACAGAUCCUAGUGUCCUACGUGCAAAUUAAGGGGCAUUAAUGACGAGUAAUCCAGAUAAUCUGGAAGAUCCAAAUCAACAAAGCCUUACACCAAGAGCUUCAGCAGCACACCCAAUUAAGCAAAAAAGGAGAAUUGCUGUGAUUUUAUAUCCAUGUUGGCGACCAAUUUUUGUAAUCUCAUGUGUGAUUGCAGUUUCAGUCGAUCCUUUAUUCUUCUACCUCCCUGUCAUCGACGAGAAAAACAAAUGCCUUGGAAUGGACAAGACGUUGAAGGUGGUUGCCCUUGUCUUGCGAUCACUCACGGAUGUCACUUUGAUAGUGAACAUUAUAUAUCAGUUUUGUAAGGCUAUUAAAGCUGCUAUGAAAUCAAGAGACGAACAAAAGAAGAAAAAAGAGGCACAAACAAGAGGAAAGAAGGAUAAAAAAGCAGGUGGAAAGUCAGUUGGCGAAUGGAACGAGAUAGUUCCAUUUGCCAAGGCAUUAGCUCAGAAGUUGUCAUGGCGCUCCAUCAUAAUCGACUUCUUUGCUGUUCUUCCGAUUCCUCAGGUGCUAAUAGUAGCUGCUGCUUCCAAAAUGAGAAGCUCGAAAUAUAUAGACAAAAAAAAGACUCUGAAUUUCUUUCUUCUUGCUCAAUAUUUGCCAAGGGUCUACCGAAUGCACCAUUCGUCUAUAGAACUUAGGAGGAAGACUGGAAUAUGGACUAAAGGUGCCUUCAAUUUUUUCUUAUACAUCCUUGCCAGUCACGUACUUGGAGCCUUUUGGUAUUUCUUCUCUAUUCAACGAGAGACAUCAUGUUGGCACCAGGCAUGUGUAAAACAUAGUAACACAAGAUGUAAUUAUUAUUGUGAUGAAGACACGGCAUCAAGAAAUAUGACGUUCAUCAAUUCUCUUGAUGAAUUUUGCCUUGUAGAUGUGCCAGGAAAUGCUACAGCACCCUUCGAUUUUGGAAUAUUUCUUGAUUCCCUUAAGACCGGUAAUGCGGGGUCAAUAGAUUUCAGAAAAAAGUUUUUGUACUCUUUUUGGUGGGGCCUACGAAAUCUAAGUAAUUUUGGCACAAAUCUAGAAACAAGUACGUACGUGUGGGAAAACUGCUUCGCUAUUCUUAUUUCUGUCAUUGGCUUGCUACUAUUUCUAUAUCUUAUUGGGAAGGUGCAGACAUUUAUCUCGAUGCGAACUCAAAAAUCGGAGGAGAGAGAUAAGAAGCUUAAAAUGAAAAAGCUAGGUAUACAAGUUUGGAUGAACAAACACGGUUUCACAGAUGAAAUGAAGCUGGAAAUGAAGGAACAUGUAAAACGAAAUUGGGAAGAUAUCAAAGAUGCUGACAUGGAGAAUUUAUUCUCUAUUCUUCCGGGAAAAACCAGAAAAGUCCUGAAGGAACAUAUCUGCAUGGAAAUGCUUAAAAAUGUCCCAAAGCUUGCAAAUAUGGAUGUAAAAGUGUUGAAGAUGAUCUGCGAAUAUCUAAUUCCAGUCAGCUACCUGGAUCAUAGCUUCAUUUUUCGAACAGAAGAACCAAUGGAUCGCAUGCUCUUCAUUACAAAAGGCUUCGUGUUGACCUCCCCGACUAGUGAUAGUAACCCUUCAGUGAUCGAGAAGAGGUCCCUGAAAAGUGGUGGUUUUUAUGGAGACGAAGAGCUUCUGACUUGGGUAGCAUCCAAAGAAAAUCCCUGUCUUUCUGACCUUCCUACCUUAAAGGAAAAUGUCAAAUGUCAUUCAAAGGUAGAUUGCUUUGUUCUCUUGGCCAAGGAUUUGAGAACAGUAGUUUCCAGAUCCAGAGUCUAUUGGGAUCUGAACAAUUCUGAAAAAAAAGAAGAGGUAGCAAAAGCAGCAAUCCGUCCAUUCCUUCGUCUCCGCCUUGAUCAUCAAAGAGCGGGUGCUCAGAACGGAAACAGCAGCAAUCACAUAGUAAUAGAAACCUCUACAUAAUCGCUCCUAGCGAAUUGAAGGCAUGCAUAUGUGCUAGCCUUAUAAGGAAACUAGCUAGCUAGCUACCGAUAUAUGGCCUGAUUUACUUUUAUCUACAAACAUUGAAAUAAAUAUGUUUUCAGAUUUCACUA